AGCACAUGUGCUCUGCCCCUCUCCAUCCAGACAGUGCGAGUGUACUUCAGACUCUAGAGGUCUCCAUCCUUCAGCAUCCACACACGCGCUGUGCAUUCUUCUGCAUCGGCCACAGACUCAGAGAGAAAGAGAGGGAGGGAGGGAGAGAGAGAGACAGAAAGGGAGAGACAGAGGACACCGCGCAACGGCAACCUGAGACGCGUGUCCUCCCUCAGUGCGAACGGGAACUUUGAUGAUUUGACGGUGAAACCGAUGGAAACGUGGAGAUGAUGUUCCAGUCGUUGAUGAUGGAUUCGUCUUUCAGUAUGUCCAGCUAUGCUGUCCUUGUGCUCGUCUCCUAAUAGACUGCUGAUCCAUUUUUCUUCUCAAGUACUUCUGCUUUACUACAGCUUUUGUGAUUGAACACUUGAGUCGGUGUGAAGAACAGUGAAGGAAGCGGGGCGCAUUGUUUGUUUUUUCAAUCAUCAUUAUAUUAAAGGACUUCCAGUUCAUACGGGAUUCGUGAUGUCUGCAACAUACCGCUCCUUAUUCCUUUUGCUGUUGAGUUUGCUCUCGACUAGGGCUCAGACCGAGAUGAAGCGGGUUGUCGGGGACAACGCCACAUUGCCUUGCCAUCACCAGUUCUGGCAGUCGAAUGGACAAACACUGGACAUCGAGUGGCUCCUGCAGAAACCCAACGUCAAACAGCGUGUGAUCAUCACAUUCUUCAACAAUGAGGUCUACACUAACGACAACCAUGCCAGUCGUCUGUCCUUCGCGGGGGACUACCUGAACGGAGACGCCUCUCUCCUGAUCAGUGAUCUGCAGCUGACAGACUCUGGAGAAUACCACUGUAAGGUCAAGACCGGCGGCAAAUACCACUGGAGCCAAGUCAACCUCAUUGUGCUGGUGAAGCCCUCUAAACCCCGGUGCUGGAUGGAGGGCCGGCUUCUGGAGGGCAGUGAUGUGAAACUGAGCUGUAAGUCUUCAGAUGGAUCUGACCCCAUUCAGUACAAAUGGGAGAGAGUACCGGAUAAAGGCAAGAGUGUGGGAAAACUGCCUCCCUUCACCCUCAUCGAUCUGAAGAACCCAGAGAUCGUGACCUUGAAGAACUUGACGCAGGACAGCUCCGGGGUCUACAAGUGCACCGCCAGCAACGAUGUAGGAGAGGAGAACUGUAUCAUCGAGGUCACAAUGCAAUAUGUGCGAGGCAUGGGUGUGGUGGCUGGUGCUGUGGUUGGCGUUUCAUUCGGAGUUCUGCUUCUCAUUCUCAUCAUCUGGCUGGUCUUCCGCAAGAAGGAGAAGAAGAAAUAUGAGGAGGAGGAGACACCUAAUGAAAUCAGAGAGGAUGCAGAAGCUCCAAAAGCCAAGCUGGUGAAGCCCAACUCCCUCUCCUCGUCCCGCUCUGGCAGCUCCCGCUCCGGUGCUUCCUCUACACAGUCCAUGGUGCACAACAGCGUAGCCCGAAGCCAACGUCCACGGCCACCCGCUGUCGCCGCCCUCAAGGAGAACGGACAGCCCCACGGCUUCCCCCAGUCUCCCCCGGCCUACACGCAGGUCGUGCCUAAAACCCCAGAACCCCCUGCCACCCCAAAAUUCAGACCCCCUAACCCUCCGGUGGGCAUGGCCAUCCCGGCAGGAGUCAUGGUCCCGGCUCAAAGCAAGGCCUUUCAGACAGUGUAGAGAGUAAAGGAAACGCAGCCUGAUGCAGGCGUCUGUACAAGACACCCACAGUGACUCUUCCAAAAGUUGCAACUACGAUUGGAAAAAAUACACACACACACAAAAAACUAUAAAAUAAAAACAUAAUUAAAGGAUGUAAGUCAAAAUAAAAUCAAUCAUAUAAAAUCUAAAAAGUUGAAUGCAUAUUUACAAGGGAAAAUACAAAAUGCUUGCCCCCUUCUGAUGUAUUAAAAGAAAACAAGACAGGAACUAAAGAACAAGAAUUUUUUAUUCUCAUUCUUUGGUUCUCUCUCCUUCUGAUCUCAUGGCACAGUCUGACCCUUUUUUCACAUUAUUUGCUUCUCUUUUUGAACUCUUACAGGCUUUGUGGGCAGUGGGGUGGAAAGAGUUCCCCAAGUGCAGUUUAUUUAUUUAUUGAAUCAGAGAGGUUAAAGGGCCAAGGGCAGGCUGGGUUGAUGAAACACGAUGGAGAGGGGAAGGUCCAGCGACUGCCCCUAUGAAGAGAAAUGAAGGAAGAACCUGUUGAUAGCGAGGGGGCGGCUCUGGGAAUACGAACAAUCCAUUUCAUUUGCAAAGUUCCCAUUCAUUUUUUUCCAGAAUGCAAUGCAAACAUUGACCAUGGCCCAGACAUCAAAAUCAAAGGCAAUCUUAUCAAAACCACUAAGAAGAAAACUUGAAGUGAUUGGAAAAGAUGACUCCUCGAUGGACAUUCCAGUGGAUGACAGCGUGUCAUUGAUGUAGUGGCAUAGAGAGACUUUAAUGGUUCAGUUAAUGCAGAACACACUAUGGGGUGAAUUCACUGAAUGGUUGCGCUAUACCUUAACGUGCUAUAUUUCACAAAAACCACCCACUGUCCAGUUUAACUGUAUUUAAAUAAUGUCGUUGUCAUUUGUUUUUUUUGUGCAAACCUAAAAACGAGUAAGUAAAUCAGGCAAAUUAAUGUAACUUUUCACCAAAAAUCAGUGCUACUGUAUAUGCCUGCUGCAAAGUUUUGCUAUUACUGCCUACAGAAAGUACACGGUAAAAGAAAUGUAUAGGAGAUUUUGUCCAAGAAAAUUUUCUUGCAAAUGACUUCAAAUGAUGAUUAAAUGAUGGUGAAGAGCAUUUUAUCCCAAAGUGUCAUGCAGUCGAGCGCACUUUAAUCACCUUUUCAGAUGCAUAGAGUUCCUGUAUGUACGUUCCCAGUAAGGUAUGCCAGAUUGCGGUAGUCUGCUGUAUCCUUCACAACCUAGAGCUCAGAACCGACCUGCGUAAUUGCAGCGUUUAAAUUGUUACAACUAUUAUGUGAUUUGGAUAACUAGAUUAGUGAAUUAGAUGUUAAAACAAUGUGGGUGCAAUUGAUUCUUGGUGAAUUCCCCCUGUGUGUCAACUAAGUGAACGUGAUUUCACCCAGUACAACAUGUUCCUGGAUCAAAAUCCUUGUUGAUCCAGAAAUAACAUUCCAAUCAACCAAUCAGAUUUGAGGGAAAGGUUUAUAGUUAAUGUCAAGUUUAGGCUUACGACAAGGGUUAGGGGCUUCUACACCAUUCUUAUCUCUAAAAUCAGAGGGAAAUGAUAGGUGAAUAAUGGCGCUUUUCCACUGCGUGGCAUGACUUGGCUUGGCUCAGCUCGGCUCGCUUUACUUUCGGUUUGCUUUUCCAAUGCAGUUUAGUACCACUUCAAAGUGGUUGGGAUUAUACACUGAUCGCUAUAGUCGCACCGCUUCUACUACCGUGGAUCCGCUCCUUGGCUACCAAUGAGAGGAACGUCUGCACCUGGUCUACUGACCAUGAUGCAGCCAUUUCUUUUUUCAAGUUGCGUGCGACAGUCGUUUAAAGCAAGUCGUUUAAAAAAGUAAUGCAAACAAAUAAUACUGUGGUGGCUGUUACUGACUAUUUACAUCUAGUGGGUUUGGUGUCUCGUGUUUCAAAUCCAAUGACGCUAGUAGUGACAAUUCUCUCCGACCAAUCAGUGAUCUACAGUGUUUACACAUCACAUUUUAAUAUCAAUUCGGCUUGCUAGGAACCUCAACUGAGGUGGUACUAUUUAAAGGAUUAGUUCACUUUCGUAUGAAAAUUAGCCCAAGCUUUACUCACCCUCAAGCCAUCCUAGGUGUAUGUGACUUUCUUGUUCCUGAUGAACGUAAUCGAAGAAAUAUCAAUAAAUAUCCUGACGCAUCCGGGCUUUAUAAUGGCAGUGAGAGGGUUCUAUGAGUAUGAGUAUGAGUAUGAGGCAAUCUGGUGGUAGCUCGAUAUUUGACUUCAUAACUUGGUAUGGAGAAAAAAUAUGGAUAUUUUUUUACACAAACGCAUCGUUUCUCUUCAGAAGGCCUUUAUUAACACUUCGGAGCCGUGUGGAGUACAUAUUUAUGAUGGGUGCAUGUGGAUGGAAGCAGUUUCUUCAGCUCAUACUCAUUGAACCCUGUCACUGCCAUUAUAAAGCUCGGAUGCAUAAGGAUAUUUAAUAAUAUUUCUGCAAUUAUGUUCAUCAGAAAGAAGAAAGUCAUAAACACCUAGGAUGGCUUGAGGGUGAGUAAAACUUGGGCUAAUUUUCAUUUCAAAAUGAACUAAUCCUUUAAGCAAGCUGUACCAUGUCAUACCGAGCCGUAUCAUGCAGUGGAAAAGUGCCACAAGUUAUGGGAAGGGUUAGGUUUAGGGGUAGGGAUAGGGUUAGGACUAUGUUUUUGGACAAGAAUGUUGUUCCAGGAUCAACAAAAGAUGUUGAUCCAGGAACAUGUCUUACUUGGCAAAAUCACGAAAUUGAUACUGGGACAACAUUCCAAUUAACCAAUCAGAUUUGAGGGACAAGUUUACAGUUUAUGUUAAGUUUAGGCUUACAACCAGGGUUAGGUGCUUCUACAUCAGUUUUAUUCACCUAUCAUUUCCUUCUGAUUUUAGGGAUAAGUUAUGGGUAGGGUUAGGUUUAGGGUAGAGAUAGGGUUAGGACUAAAUUUUUGGACAGGAAUGUUGUUCCAGGAUCAACAAAAUGUGUUGAUCCAGGAACACGUCUUACUUGGCAAAAUCACGGUGACCGCAUUGUUACACACUGAUAUGAAUUUUUGCAUCUGUGUAUAUACAUGGAGAGUACGUACUUGACAGAAAGUCCGCAGUCUGGUUUCAGAUGUCAUUCUCACCGCUUCAUGGACAAUUUCAGUUUGUAUUACAUACCGACCGCGGUAUAUUUGUUACAGCUGUAUUUCCAAUGAUACUGAAACCAAAAUCUGUCACGAAUACUAUGAAUGUGUAUAAAUCAAAGAUAGUUUGGGGUUUUAUUUAUAUUUUUCCUUCUUUUCUAUAAUACCCAGUGGUACUACGUAAUAGCAUAUGAGGCACAAGUAACUUUUUACUAUAAUCUCACAGUACUGUGGAUAAGUAAAUGAAAGGGAAUGCCAUAACAGGGAGUUAUGUACAGAGUGUGUGUGAAAUUCGUGUGUGUGAUGGUGUGUGCGGAUUUGCGGUACUCCUUCUAGUUUGUGUAUGCACCAUGGUACCGUCCGAGGACUCUCCUAGGACCCUCUAACAACAGGCUGUCUCAAGAUGGCUGCCUUUUUGUGCCAGCCGCCCCACGGCUUCCUCCGCCAAGCGCUGUCAAACCCCUCUCCAUUAGCGGUGUCUCUAAGCCCCUGGGAAGACCUUGCUUGGUGCAUUUGUGAAAUUUGAAAUGGACAAGUUGCCUGUUUUGUGUGCCUUCACAGUGAAUUCUUCCCCUGAGAUUGCUUUUGUCCUUCGCAAUGUACCAGACAAAAACAGGAAGCCAUGUGUAAAAUGGCUCCCGUCAGUGGAGGGAGAGCCUUCUGGCACAAAGAGGCAGUCCAAACACAGCCACACGAAUAAUGUACACUCUGUAGUCAUGAUGCUGUUUUAUAUUGUACAUACAGAUAAAUAUACGCACACAAUAUUCUUUAAGUUAUCGGUUGAAGAUUGGGGUUAUAGGCCAUAAUAAAGUUGUAGAUGAGGUAUUAUGCAUUUUCAGAGAGUAAUAAUUGGUCAUUGUAGCCCCUGACCCGCUAAGCUCCCUUUAAUAAGUAAAAUCAUUUCCUUCUUAAAGGCUACUUGUAUAUCUGCCAUUGAUGGACUUUUAAAAUAUAUCUAAGAGAGGUAAAGCCAUAAGACAUGAGCGAGCAUACAACGCAAUUACCCAACACUCUGUCCCCAUAUGCCCUUGUCAAUGUUCUCGGGCCACUUUCAUCUUCACAAGUGUAUAUGCCAAGCAGAAUAACCUUGUUCAUCAUUCUUAUUGGUUGCAGAUGUAUUUGAGUCUGUAGUGUAGCCGAGUGCUGCCUAUGCCAAUUCACCGCCUUCCUGUUACCUUCCCCAACAAUUGUGUUUGAUACACACCGAAACACUUCUUCCCAAGUGUGCACAGUCUAACACGACCUCAUAAAUAGAGACACACUCGAGACGUGCUCUCCAGAGCCACAUUCUCCACAAGGCGGUGUAGGCGGUGUUGCUGGGUGAACUGUUGUCAGUAAGUGUGAUGGAUGAGCUGUCAUGCAGUGUGGGGAGUGAAUGAUGGGAAUUGUAAGGAGAACACAUGCAGAGUUCUGUGGGUCCAAACCCUACAGAGGUUCUCCACUACCCUUUCCUUCAAACAGAGACCAAGACCAAACCCAUCCAAUUGGGCCUUCACAAUACAUCUGUUUUUGUAGGCAGUAACUCUGUAGUCUAAUAUAUUUGCUCUGUUCCAAAAACCUAGUGAGCUGCCUUGCUGUCUACUGCCUAUAUAGGUAGCUGGCUCAAAGGUUAGCAUCUUAAUAGAGUGCAACAGUGUCUGCGCACUUUCAGCGGCCUUGGCUCUGGAAGCAUUUUUCCAAUAGACAUAAGCCAUGAAUCAAUCCAACUACUGUAGUUAUGAACUUACGAGGUGAAUAAAAAUGUUACAAAAAAUAUUGGAAAAUUGGACAAAAAGUAUCUUGUUUUUAUUGCAAAAUAUCUAUAUAUAAACACAUAUUUAAGUCAUUUGAAAGCGUAGGAAAACUGACUCUUAAUUGACUGCUUCAUGGGAGUAGGUGGGUGCUUAAGAGAAUAGGUGUGUUCGACUUGAAGCGGAGCUGUGCAGACCGAUCGGUGCUUUUGAAUCGCUCUCACGAUACUUUGAUGAACGAUCGGUCUCUGCAACGCUGCUUUUAGUCGAACACACCACUUGUUGCGAUUCUCUGAUUGGUGGAGCUUUCUUUACAGAAUCAUGUAGUUUUUCACCACAAAUUCUCUUCUUAAAGGAUUAGUUCACUUCAGAAUUCAAAUUUCCUGAUAAUUUGGAAUGUUUUUCUCAAAAACCUUCAUUUCUUUUUGACUGAAGAAAGAAAGACAUAAACAUCUUGGGUGGUAUGGGGGUGAGUAAAUUAUCAGGAAAUUUGAAUUCUGAUGUGAACUAAUCCUUUAAAGGUGUAGAUCACCCAAAAAUGAAAAAUUUGUCAUCAUUUACUCAUCAUCAUUCAUAAAGGAAGAUAUUUUGAUUGAUUUUGGUAACCAAACCGUCUUGGUUCCCACCUUGGUUUCCACUGGAAAAAAAAUUCUCCAAAUAUAUUUUAUGUUCCACAGAAAGUCAUACAAGUUUGGAAUGAUAUGAGAGUUAGUAAAUGAUCACAGAAAUGUAAUUGUUGGGUGAACUAUCCCUUUAAAUGUGCUUAUUAAAAAAUAUAUAUAUAUAUAUGUUUAAAUAAUGCGGGCUGAUGGCUUCAACAAAAGCAUAUAUCAUUGAUUAAUAAUCUCGUAGCUCAUAGUGGGUCUGUCUUUAAAGGUUUAUAAGUUAUCAUAAAAAUUCAGUUUCCCUUUGGAGAAAAUUAAUGGGAUUUUUACUUCCAGAACCCAACUGUUGCACUUUAUUGAAAUGCAACCUCACAAGACUCAUGUGGUGACUCGUGAUUUUUAAGAGUUUAGCUAAAUUGAAACCACAAUACUCUUAGUUUAAAAUAUAUAGCAGGCACAGACAUUUUUAAUUAGAACUUUUUAUCGGUACAUUUUGGUAUUAAAUUAAUUACUUAUAGUCAUUUUUCACUCUUUGUCUACCAUCUUGGAUGGAUUUUUUCUCUCUGGUUGUUGCAAUGCAUCAAGGUGAUUGCAAUAUAAGUAUACAUGAAAUGCUGCCUUGCUGUCUACUGCCUAAAUAGGUGACGGGCAUCCGAGCUGAAACUGAAGCGUGGUUAGAAGUUAGGUUUCAGUUAUUAAUCAACAUAUUUCUUAUUGGAAUGAAUUAUAAAGAUUCAGGUGAUGCUGCCUUACAAUUGGGCCAGAAAAAGGUAUCUCGAAACCUUUUGGAACAGCCUUAAAAGCUUUAAAAUGCUGCCUACAUGGGCAGCUCUCUAGGUUUUGGGACAGAGCCAUUGUUUUAUGUUGGUCCUUUAUGUUGGUCCUUUGGACAUUACAGCACCAAAACUAGCCAAGAUCAGACCAAUAUAUUACUGGGAAGGCUGAUUGAAAGCUGCCUUCCAGCAGUUCCGUUCCUAUGUUUUGGCACUUAAGGUCAUUUUUAUUCCUUUAUGAGCCCUCCCGAGGGCCUCCUCUCCUCUCAACAAGAAGAACCGGUCUAUUUCCUCAGACAAUUAAUCUAUAGUGGCUUUUAUUUCAACACUGCUAAAUGUGGUAUUUAGAAAGCAUCUCUUCCUUAGAGCCGCCAAUGCAUUCUGAAGUGUUGCUCACAUUGCAUGAGGGCAUUCAGUUUUGAAAGGGAGCUCAGGCCAGGAAAACAGUUAAGGUCCAUCUGCAAGGUAUUUUUGACAUAACGCUCUUAUUUAAAAGACGUUGACUAUCUAUGUAGCCUGAUCAUUGUUACUCAACAUGGUUGUUAUUAAAAUAAUGCUGGAUGUCUAAAAAAGGCUCCUUCGACUCCUCUUAGAAACUGUAGCAGUAUGUGUUACUUUGAGGGGUGUAAAAAGGGAAUUCUUUCCAUUGGAAAAGCAAAGGGAUUGCAUGUUAUGGCCUACAGGUCAGAUAUUGGGAAUGCUUUGCUUCUGUGUUCAUACCUGUAUUCGGCUGAAUAUGUAAGUGUAAAUAUGACACAUCUUCUCUGUGAGUUUGUCUCUUUUUUUUUCCCACAUUGCUUUUUUAACAUUUACUGUGCUUUCCUCUGUUAUCUUGAGGGGUUUUUGUUAUUAUUUUACUGUUGUAAAUGUAGGAACUUGGGCCUGUAUUUGCCCAAGAGUCCCUGUCUGCUGAGAAUGAAGGGAAAAUACUCAUGAUCUUUCUUUCUCUUUGUGGUUGCACACAUUUUGAGUUUUGUAAACCAGUUUGUUCAUUUUGAAGAAGAUCCAUUCUUGUAAAUAUGUCCCUCUACAAGUAAAAAAUUGUAUAUUUUUACGGACUCUGAGUUAUUAAUACUUCAUUUGCAAAUAAAAUAUUCAAUGACAAGCUA